GCGUUCAUUCACUACAGCGUUGCAAAAAAAAAAAAAAAAAAAAAAGCGCGGAUUCUGCAGAGCUGCAAGGACAGGGGUCGUGUGGAAUUUUGCGUGCCCACUUUAUUCCACGCCUCUGUUUGUUUGUUUAUUUAUUUAUUUUUUAUAAAGUAGAGGUUUCUCUUACAGCAGUUCGUGAACAUUUGGUUGUCGUUAAUAGUUGAAUUUCUAGUGCAGAGCAGUUAGCGGAACAGUUACUACUGAGUCCCGAAAACAGACAGUAGCCAUGUCGGGUGUUGUGCGAGGCCCUGCAGGUAACAACGACUGCCGAAUUUACGUUGGAAAUCUACCUCCAGAUAUUCGCACAAAAGACGUGGAGGACGUGUUCUACAAGUAUGGUACGAUUAGAGAUAUCGACCUGAAGAAUAGGAGAGGAGGACCGCCGUUCGCUUUUAUUGAGUUUGAAGACCCAAGGGACGCUGACGAUGCCGUCUAUGGACGCGAUGGAUACGACUACGACGGAUACAGGCUGCGCGUGGAGUUCCCACGGAGCGGGAGAGGCUCCAGGGGCGGGUUCGGGGGGAUAGGAGGAGCUCCCAGGGGCAGAUACGGACCACCAUCCAGACGAUCUGAAUACAGGGUCGUUGUGUCAGGGCUUCCUCAGAGUGGCAGCUGGCAGGACCUGAAGGAUCACAUGCGUGAGGCUGGUGAUGUGUGCUACGCUGACGUUUACAGAGAUGGCACCGGGGUUGUAGAGUUUGUGCGCAAAGAAGACAUGACCUAUGCCGUUCGAAAGCUGGACAACACCAAAUUCCGUUCACAUGAGGGAGAGACUGCUUACAUUCGUGUGAAAUUAGAUGGUCCCCGCAGCCCAAGUUACGGACGGUCGCGCUCCCGCAGCCGUGGCAGUCGAAGCAGGAGUCGGAGUCGCAGCGCCAGCCGCAGUCGCAGCAAUUCCCGUGGCCGUGGCAGAGCAUCGCCCCGCUACUCACCUCGUCACAGUCGUUCUCGCUCCCGUUCCUAAACUUUACUGCCAUCAAUGUUUUGCCCUUAUGAUGUAUUCCCUCCUGUUUUUACUUCUGAGUUUCUCCAGAUGUCAGCUGUUGAGUUUUAAGUUUCCCAUUUCUUCUCCUAAUGUUGUGGUUGGUCCUGGUUUGUAGAUGUACCCUCCCUCCCUCCUUUCUUCCUUUCUCACUUCCUUCCUCUCUUGACCUUUUCCCUCCUCCACUUUUUGUCCUUUUGGUUUUUCCCCUCUUUCUGUCAUCCUUGUGUUUUUCUUUUUUUUUCUACAAAAUUACAAAUUGUGCUGUGAUCAACUUCAAAAAUGUUGAGACGUCAUGAGCUUUACUCAAUGUUUUUGCAAGUUUUGAAGUUUUGUUCUGGGGUUUCUUUUUAGAGGCUUCUUUGGUUGUGUGGGUUGGGCAUUUUGACGUGGAGCCCAAUGCUUAACUGUAUUUUACCAUUGUGUCUUCCUUUAGACAUCUGAGGAGAAGGAUUAAAGUGAUUUGGAAUAAAACCAUUGUGGAACACA